GAAGAAGGCUAGUCCCCUUUCCUUGGCGGGUGUUGGAACGCAAAGGGCUGGAACGUCCCGGGCUGCGGAGCCUGCUGGGUUGGGAUGGACUCGUUCAGACCUGAGUGCUAGGACGCCGAAGGGGGCGGUGAGGCGUCCCGGCGCGGGGCUGAGGUCGUCUGGAGUUUAAAAGACAAGUGGCUCUCGGGGAUGUGCGGGCUGCAUGCCCACGUUUCACCGCUAAGGGAGGUCAGGGCUGUGCGAUGGGGAAGGGAGUGUCGGGGCCGUGCAGUCGGGAUGGGAGAAGAGUGUCAGGGCCACUGGCCCCCAGCUCGGGAGAGGGCAGUGUCGGGCCGCGCGCCAGCAAGGAGUGGGUGUGGUGUGAGGCUGGCGCUGGAGCGGUCUGGGAAUGUUAGGAGGUCUAGGGUAUCGCGGCCCUGCGUCUUCUUGUCUGGACUAAAAGUUCGGGCAGUUCUUCCCGAACCUGGAUUGUGCGCCCAGCAACAGGUGCUUGGCGAUCUGUGCCCGCUGUGCCUGCGGGGCUGUGGUGGGAGUCCUGUCUGCACGGGAUUCUGUGUGGCUGUGCAUAACCCAGAAGAGAACUGCUGUGCGUCUGAAGUGAUGGAGGAGGGCUUGAAGUUCAAAGAUGUGGUCAUUUACUUCUCUCAAAAGGAGUGGGAAUGCUUGCACUCUGCUCAGAAGGAUUUGUACCGAGAUGUAAUGUUGGAAAAUUACGGCAACCUGGUCUUACUGGGGCUUUCUGAUACUAAGCCAAAUGUGAUCUCCUUAUUGGAGCAGAAGAAAGAGCCCUGGAUGAUUAAGAGGAAGGAGACAAAAGAAUGGUGUCCAGAUUGGGAGUUUGGAAGAGAAACCAAGAAUUUAUCUCCAAAGGAAAACAUUUAUGAAAUCAGAUCACCGCAGCAGGAGAAGGCCAGAGUUAUCAGAGAAAUCAGAUGCCAGGUGGAGAGACAACAGGGUCAUCAGGAGGGACAUUUCAGACAAGCUGUAAUACCACUUACUUCCGUGCAGUGCACAGCCCAUAGAGAAUAUCAGUGGCUUCAUACUGGAGAGAAAUGCUGUGAAUGCAGGAAAUGUAAGAAUGCUUUCAGGUGCCAGUUGUGUCCUAUUCAACAUGAAAUAAUUCAUAAUAAGGAAAAAGAACCUGAAUGUAGAGAAUGUAGGAAAAUCUUUAAUAGUGGAUCAGACUUGAUUAAGUAUCAGACGCUUCAUGAAAGCAAAAAACAUAGUGAAAAUAACAAAUGUGCCUUUAAUCGUGAUUCUGGAAUUACUCAACCUCAGAGCAUUAAUACUGGAAACAAACCUCAUAUAUGUAAGGAAUGUGGGAAAGGCUUUCAUUCCAGCUCACAAAUUAGUCAGCAUCAGAGGAUGCAUCUUGGUGAGAAACCCUAUAAGUGUAGGGAGUGUGGGAAAGCCUUUCCAUCCACCGCACAGCUUAAUCUACAUCAGAGGAUCCAUACUGAUGAGAAAUACUAUGAAUGUAAGGAGUGUGGGAAGGCCUUUACCCGUCCCUCACACCUUUUUCGACAUCAAAGAAUCCAUACGGGUGAGAAACCCCAUAAAUGUAAGGAAUGUGGAAAGGCUUUUCGUUAUGACACACAACUGAGCCUUCAUCAGAUAAUCCAUACUGGUGAAAGAUGCUACGAAUGCAGGGAGUGUGGAAAGGUGUACAGUUGUGCCUCACAGCUGAGUCUACAUCAAAGAAUUCAUACUGGUGAGAAACCCCAUGAAUGUAAGGAAUGUGGGAAAGCCUUUGUCUCUGAUUCACAUCUUAUUCGACAUCAGAGUGUCCAUACUGGGGAGAAACCCUAAAAGUGUAAGGAAUGUGGGAAGUCUUUUCGUCGUGGCUCAGAACUUACCCGACAUCAGAGAGCUCACACUGGUGAGAAACCCUAUGAGUGUAAGGAAUGUGGAAAGGCCUUUACUUGUAGCACAGAACUUGUUCGACAUCAAAAAGUUCACACUGGGGAGAGACCUCAUAAGUGUAAGGAAUGUGGGAAGGCUUUCAUUCGAAGGUCAGAACUCAUGCAUCAUGAGAGAAGUCACACUGGUGAGAAACCCUACGAGUGUAAGGAGUGUGGGAAGGCCUUUGGUCGUGGCUCAGAACUUAGUCGACACCAGAAAAUUCAUACUGGUGAGAAACCAUAUGAAUGUCAGCAGUGUGGAAAGGCCUUUAUUCGGGCCUCACACCUUAGUCAACAUCAAAGAAUUCAUUCACGACAGAGGAGUGAAUGAAGAAAUGAGGGAUGGCUCAGAAUUUGAUUGACAUGAGAAAGUUCAUACUGAUUUGGAAAAAAAAAAACCUAUGAUUCUAAAUGUGAGACACCUUAUAAAUGUUAGGAAUUAGCAGGGAUUUAUUUCUGUUUCAGAAUUUAUUACACAUCAUGAUACAACUGGUGAAAAAUUGAAGAACUCCAUGAAUGUAAAGAAAGUAGGGAGGCCUUUUUGGUGGCUCAGAACCAAGUCAACCUCAGGGAAUUCAUAAUGGGGGAGAGGAGGGCAGUGAAUGUGCUGAAAGGAGUUAAUCAUUCAGACCUUUAUCAGCAGCAGAGUCAUUAGCCCUUAGGGGAAAUCAGAUGAUUCAAAAUAUAAAUGCAGACCGGGCCAGUGGCUCCCGCCUGUAAUCCCAGAACUUUGGGAGGCUGAGGUGGGUGGAUCACAAGGUCAGGAGAUAGAGACCAUCCUGGCCAACAUGGUGAAACCCCGUCUGUACUAAAAUGCAAAAAAUUAGCUGGGCAUGGUGGCACGCAUCUGUAAUCCCAGCUACUUGGGAGGCUGAGGCAGGGGAAUCACUUGAAGCCGGGAGGCAGAGGUUGCAGUGAGCUAAGAUCGAUCCUCUGCAUUCCAGCCUGGCGACAGAGCAAGACUUCAUCUAAAAAAAAAAAAUAAUAAUAAUUAUUAUUAUUAUACACACACACAAACACACACGCCGGGCGCAGUGACUCACACCUGUAAUCUCAGAGCUUUGGGAGGCUGAGGUGAGUGGAUUGCUUGAGUCCUGGAGUUUGAGACCAACAUAGGCAACAUGGUGAAACGCCGUCUCUACAAAAAAUAUGAAAAAAAUUAGCCAGGGAUGGUGGUGCAUGCCUGUAAUCCCAGCUACUUGGGAGGCUGAGGCAGGAGGAUUGCUUAAGCCCAGGAGACAGAGGUUGCAGUGAGCCAAGAUCAUGCCAUUGCACAGCAGCCUGGGUGACAGAGCAAGACUCUUGUCUCAAAAAAAAAAAAAAAAUGGGGCCGGGCACGGUGGCUCACACCUGUAAUCACAGCACUUUGGGAAGCUGAGGUGGGUGGAUCUCUUGCGGCCAGGAGUUUGAGACCAGCUUGACCAACAUGGUGAAACCCUGUCACUACUAAAAAUACAAAAUUAGCCAGGCGCGGUGGCACACAGCUGUAAUACCAGCAACUUGGGAGGCUGAGGCAUGAGAAUCUCUUGAACCCGGGAGGCGGAGGUUGCAGUGAGCUGAGAUUGUGCCAUUGCACUCCAGCUUGGGCAACAAGAGUGAAACUCCAUCUCCAAAAAAAAAAAAAAAACCGAAAGAAAAUGUAAAUGCCAUAUAUAUGGGACACCAAUUUGCUUUAGCUAACAAAA